AUGCGUGCAGCAAUUCUUAUCCUCUCGACCAUCACCCUCGCCACGGCUACUACCAACAAAGAUCUGGGGUAUCUCCGCUGCGCCUCUUCCAUAGCCCGGUCCUACCAGACGCCUCAAUCCCAGUCCCAGUCCCAGUCCCAGUCUCAGUCCCAACCCGAAGCCCAAUGCACCUCCCCCUCCGCCCUGGAUUGCUUCUGUAAUGCCCCGUUCGAUCCCUCGGCGCUGGACCAGGCGACGCUGGAUGAGUGUGCUGGUGAGGGUGUUGAACCCGAAAACAUCCCCGCGUAUAUCUGCGACGACGCCAACGUCCCCGUCUCGCCGCGGAAGGGCAGUGUGCCGAUGGUGAGGAUUGGGGUUGUUGAGGAGGAGGAUGCUGCUGCUGCUGCUGCCGAGACCCCCGCUCCGCUGAGAGGGAGUUUGCCCAUGGUCCGGGUGGGCGAUUCGCUGGGGACUGAGGAUGCAGGUGCGAGUGGGGGUGUGAGUGCUAGUGCCAGUGCCAGUGCCAGUGCCAGUGCUAUUGCCAGCGCUAGCGCCAGCGUCCUUGGUGGAUCGCAUCGAGGUAGUCAGCCCAUGGUGCGCGUGGGGGAUCUGCAGGCUAGUAGCUCUGCAGCUGCAUCUUCAAGCAGUCUAGCUACGCCCACCGCAAUCGCUAAUGCUGAAGCUGAAGCUGCUGUCCCGCGCCGAGCAAGUCGGCCCAUGGUGCGGCUGGGCGGAGAGACCACGAUCACGACCCUGAACCAGCCUCUCGCACAGGCAGAUACAAACCCCCACGCCCAAGGACAAGCACAGACACAGGCAUCAGAAGCAGGCCACCUGAAAGCAAGAGCCUACAGCCCCAACUUGCACCCGGACCCCCUUCUCCUCCCGGAGGACGUCCUCCCUCUUCCUUCUGAUGAUUCUGUUCUUGGCACUGCAGCAGCAGCGCAAGCACCAGGCCAAGCACCAGGCCAAGAAGAGAAGAACGUCCCCCUCCCCCUUGAGUCGGUGGUUAUUCCAGAUGGGAAUGUGAAUCCAGAUGUUGCGGCUGCUCCUGGCCCCUAUACCAACUUCAACACCCAUACCCAGAUGGAAACCCAAUCCCAAACGCAACCCCAACCCCAAGCUCCGCAGCAGCAGCAGCAGCAACAAGAAACCGAGGUCCUCGCCUCGGAGCUAACGUCCUGCGCGUGCUCUGCUACUGCUACUGCUACUUCUGGUGCUGAUGCUGGUGCGGCUGGCACUCCCGCCAGCGCUACAGCGGUCCAUGCUGCUGCUGCUGCUGCAACCUUCCAAACAAGCGCAACCACACCCCCCACCCCCACCUCCUCCCACUCAAGCUCAACCUCAAAAACCACCCCCACAACGCUAGCAAGCGCAAGCAGCCUCCCCGUCCCGACGAUCACCUCCUCGUCCGUGAAGCUCGUGACCGUGAACCCGACGGCCACGGCCACCGCGACGGAUGUUCGGGGGUCGAGUGCUUUCCCUUCGGGCAAGGGGCAGCAGGCUCCCGGGGCAGGGGAGCCGAAUGGCGGGUUGUUUCAGGGGGGUGCGGGGGCCUUGCAGAGGCGUGGCUGGGGGGUUCCGGGGGUGGGUUGCUUGGUUGGGGCGGUGGUGCUUCUUCUGUGA